AUGGCUGAAGCAUUCGUUGAGGAACAUUUCGCUCGUACGCAUACUAGAGAAAGUGAUGGAAGAUACACCGUUCGAUUACCUUUUCAUGAAUCUAAACCUAAGCUGGGUGAUUCGUACGAAACAGCAAGCAAGCGCCUAGAUCGACUACUAAUUGCAUUGGCUAAGAAUCCUUCCAAACGCGAACAGUACUUUCAGUUCAUGUCUGAAUAUAUAUCGUUGGGUCACAUGGAGGAAGUCAACGACGGUAGCAAAAACGGAUAUUUCAUUCCCCAUCACGCAGUAUACAAAGCAACAAGUUCCACUACGAAAACUCGCGUGGUGUUUGAUGCCUCGGCAAGCUCAAGCACAGGAGUGUCAUUAAACGAUAUCGUAAUGGUUGGACCGACAGUCCAGAGCGAUUUGCAGUCUAUCAUUUUACGUUUCUGUUCCCACCCUAUUGUCCUAACGGCAGAUAUAUCAAAAAUGUUCCGCCAGAUUUGGAUUCAUAAGGAUGAUCGCAAGUUCCAGAAAAUAUUGUGGGUGGAUGGUAAUGGAGACCGCAAGGUGUAUCAGUUAAAGACGGUUACCUACGGAGUAGCCAGCUCUCCUCAUCAUGCAACUAGAACAUUGGUACAGUUGGCGACAGACGAGGGCAAGGAUUAUCCGCUAGCCGAACAAGUGAUUAGAAACGAUAGCUAUAUCGAUGACUUUUUAACAGGAGGAAAAAAUGCUGAUGUUGUGGUAAACAUCUACAAUGAGUUGUCAGCGCUACUGAAACGUGGUGGUUUCAGUGCUCAUAAGUUUUGCUCUAAUGACCAGACUGUAUUAAGUAGAAUUCCAACGGAGUUGCAAGAGACGUUCGUAAGUUUUGAACACACAGGAAUAAAUAACACUAUACGAACACUUGGCUUGAUUUGGAAUCCCCGUGAUGAUUUCUUCACGUUUUUUGUUCAACCAGUUAACGAAGAAAUUUCAACUACUAAACGCAAGGUACUAUCUGACAUCGGUCGUCUAUUCGAUCCUCUUGGUUUUCUUGGACCGAUUAUCACAGCAGCCAAGUUAAUUAUGCAGGAUAUCUGGCGUCUUAGUUUGGAUUGGGACGAUGAGCUACCGGAAGAAGUUUUGCAGGAGUGGACUAGAUUCCGUUGUCAGCUGCCGAUCGUCAACGAAAUACGUAAACCAAGAUGCGUGGUCCUGAGUGAAACAAAACGGUUUGAAUUGCAUGGCUUUUCAGACGCUUCUAAGCGGGCCUAUGGUGCGGUAGUGUACAUCAGGUGUAUCGCAAUUGACGGAUCGAUUAGUAUAAACUUACUCGCAAGUAAAUCUCGCGUCGCUCCCAUAAAACCGAUUACAAUUCCUCGACUUGAAUUAUGUGGUGUCAAACUCCUAGCAGAACUUGUGACAAAAACUAUUUCAACGUUGAAUAUCAAAUUUGAUGAUGUGAAAUUAUGGUGUGACAGUUCCAUCGUUUUGUGUUGGUUGAAAAAACCACCUUCGACGCUGAAUCAGUUUGUUUCAAAUCGAGUAGCAGCAGUUGUUGAAAUGACUAAUGCGUUUCAAUGGCAGUACGUCCAAUCGGCUUUCAAUCCUGCUGAUGUGAUUUCAAGAGGUGCUUUCCCUGAGAAUUUAUUCAACAACGAGCUGUGGUGGAAUGGUUCACCGAAGUUACAACAACCGAUACCAAGAGCAGAUGAAUCUGAAAUUAUAAGAGAUUUACCAGAAAUGAAACCAGUCAAAACGCUAACAGUCAUAAAGAGAGCUUGGGUAUACGUACUAAGGUUCAUUGACCUUGUCAUUCGUAAAAAGCGUAACAUUAGUGUUAUUAAUGCUUUAGAGAUGACUAACGCUGAAAGGGCAAUAUUCGUGAUAGUUCAAGGAGAAGUGUUCAACGAUUUGUUAAGGGAACUACGAGUAAGUUCAACAAGGCGCCAUUGUCUAUUGAAUCUGGCACCGUUUAUUGGAGAAGAUGGACUAAUACGCUUAGGUGGACGAUUGAAGUAUUCAGCGAUUCCAUAUGAUGGAAGGCAUCAAAUACUACUUCCGGAGCGACACCAUGUCACGGAGACAUUGAUUCGACGACUUCAUGAAGAGCACUACCACGUUGGUCAAGGAGGCUUGUUAGCGAUCGUACGCGAACGUUACUGGCCACUGCGAGCUAAAUCAGCUAUCAGGAGAAUUAUUUCCAGAUGUCUAAAGUGUGCCAAGCACCAACCCAUUAUCGGCACCCAGUUUAUGGGUAACCUUCCGGCGUCUCGUGUGAAUCCUUCAGCGGUGUUUUCUAAGGUUGGGAUCGAUUAUGCUGGGCCGUUUCUGUUGAAACCUGAAAUGCGAAGUACGAAAUCAUUUAAAGCUUAA